AUGAACAGAGAUACCAAUAGCGCCCAGGACUGCGCUCCAAAGGUCCAGCAGGGGCCUUCUCCCUCCGCGCCUCCAAGGCCUUCCCCUCCACAAGCGCCGCUCCCUAAACCAGAAACUACUCCUCCAAAAUCCCAAGACUCUAAUGGUGGACCGGACCGUCGUCGUACAACCGACCAAGGAUCUCGUGGACGGGCUUAA